UCAAACGUCAAACAGUGAUAUAACCUCAAAAUUGCCAAAAUUUGUUUAUAAUGUUGGAAAAAUUAUUAUUGGUUCGAUAUAUGAAUAUUAGAAAUAACUUCUGCUUUUUAGACUCUAAUUUAACUAAAGAAGUGGGUUUUAACGCUACGGUCAAGCUCACAGAUGAAGAAAAUAGAGAAUUUUUCUUCUCAGUUAGUCCCCAAAUACAGAAUAUUGAAGAAGGCUUUAUAGGAAUCAAUUCAGUGUUUGCGAAAUUAUUAAAUAUAAAAGAAAAUAGUUCUCUUUUAUUGGCAAAUAUAGGACCGGUAACAAAAGUAACCAGUUUUACCAUUCACCCAUUGAGAUUUGAUGACUUCCACGUCUUGGAUUUACUGAAAAAUGAAGUUGAAAAUUGUGUCUUGAACCAAACUAGUGUUGUGGGGUGUAAUCAAGAGCUCCUCAUUUGGAUUGGGGAAAAUUUGAAUAUUCCCGUGAAAAUAGUUUCUGUAGAACCAUCGUCUCCAGGAAUACUCCAUAACUUAACCGAAUUAAUCAUUCUACCAUACAUGAAAAAAACAGAAGUAGUACAAACUAAAAGUAAUAUUCCUCUAAUAGAUGAAAUUCCACUCAAAACACUCUCCUUUAAUAUGGUGAAUUUACCAGAAAAACUAACUGAGAGAGAAAAACUAAUAGAGAACAAAAUCAAAACAUAUUUCAAUAGGAAAGAACAUUAUAAGGGGAGAUUGGUUCCUUGUUAUCGUUUAGAAGUUUAUCCUAAAUCAUUAUGUUCACAUGAAUUCAAUAUACUUAUACAUAAAAAAACAGCACCUCUGACAUGGAGAAAAUAUGAUAGCUUUGAACAUCCAAUUUUCUGUUCACUGAGUAUCAUCAAUAAUUCCAAUGCUAAAACCCUGUUUGUUAGGGUUUACAUUGUUGAAGAAAUACCAGAGGAGACCAUUGGAUUCAAUAAUAUUUUUGUUAAUGAAUAUUUAUUUAAAAUCCUCAAAUGUGAUCUAGGAACUGCUGUUUUACUUGAGCCCUUAGCAAUAAAAGAUAUUUCUAACGAAAUAGAAGUACAUGCUAUGCAUGAUAGAAAAGAUCUGAAAAGUAUGCUACAGGAUUACCUUGCUGAUAAAUGCAAAUCUCUUUCAUUGGUUCUCAAUGCUGAUAUCCCAAUAGAGUUAGGAAAUGGUAUUGUCUGCAGUCUGAAAUUCAAACCUCAUUACAACAAAUACUGUAUUAUUGACCCUGAAUUUUUGAGAACUUGUAAGUAUUCUUUUGAGGAUGAUCCUAUACAGAGACUUCCUGCUUGUGAGAAAACAGAAAAUAUUGAUUUUAUUGAAACAUCAAAUAACUGCAAUAUAAUACAUGAUAUUGUAGAGAAUAUAAAACAUAAUAUGGAGAACAAUGAGGGAAUGGGAUGUUAUCUGAUAACUGGAAAUAUUGGAACUGGAAAGUCAAAAAUUGUUGAACACAUCAAGAAUUUGCUUUGUAAAUCACCAUGCUUUUUAUACUCUGAAAUAAUUGAAAGUAAGUCAUUCAAAGGAAAAACUAUAGAUUCCUUACAUAAAGUUUUUACCACCAUUUUGGAAAAUUUGGCUGCUCAUGAACCUUCAAUACUUUUUAUUGAUGACUUACAUAUUUUAUGUAAAAAUGUAGAGGACAAUGAUGUCCAAUUGCAAAAUGCUUUAUAUUAUGACAGAAUAUCAGAAAUGAUAUAUCUACUGCUUAUUUCUGUUAUCAAGAAUUAUGCCAUAGGAAUUGUAGCAACUGCUAGUUCAGUUGAUGAGCUGAAUAAUAAUAUUCAUCAUACAAGAGGAACUUAUUUAUUUGGGAAUAUAAUAUAUAAUAUUGAUGAAUUGACUAAGGAUGACAGAAGGAAUAUUCUGAAAUAUUUCUUCAAAGAUCAUCAUUGUGAGUGUGACUUUGAUUUUUUGUCCCAAAAAACUGAAGGAUAUGUCUUCCAAGACUUAUAUGACUUGGGACAAAGAACAAUAUUUCAGUCUGUAAAAAAUGAUAAUGACAAAAUUCAAGAAGAGCAUUUUGAAAGAGCUCUAUCCCAAAUGGUUAUUUUGUCACAUAGUAAUAUCAAGCUCCACUCUCCUGGGGAAAAAGAUUUUUCAAAUGUGGGAGGCCUUACUGAUGUUAAAAAAAUCUUAAGUGAAUGUUUAAUGUGGCCACUGAAGUAUCCCAAUUUGUUUAACUCUGCUCCACUCCGCUUGCAAUCUGGUCUUUUGCUUUAUGGGCCACCAGGUACAGGAAAAACGUUAUUGGCAGGUGCUGCUGCCAAGGAAUAUGGAGUAAGGUUGAUCUCCAUAAAGGGUCCAGAAUUACUUUCCAAGUACAUUGGUGCUAGUGAACAAGCAGUGAGGGAUAUUUUUCUGCAAGCCCAAAGUGCCAAGCCCUGUAUAUUGUUUUUUGAUGAAUUUGACAGCUUAGCACCAAGACGAGGCCAUGACAGUACAGGGGUAACAGAUCGUGUCGUUAAUCAGCUAUUAACACAAAUGGAUGGUGUAGAAUCGUUGAGUGGUGUUUUUGUACUGGCAGCUACCUCAAGACCUGAUUUGCUCGACCCUGCACUUUUAAGACCGGGCCGUUUAGAUAAACAGAUUUAUUGUCAGCUUCCUGAUAAGGAUUCCCGACUCGAUAUCCUCAAAGUCCUAUCGAAGUCCCUGAAACUAUGUGAAGAUGUGAACUUAGAAGAAGUAGCUGAAAACACAGACGGUUAUUCGGGUGCCGACUUACAAUCAGUCCUCUACAAUGCCCAAUUAUCGACCAUGGAGCAUUUGAUGUCGGAAGACAACACGAUCACGGAGGAAUUGAAAGCUAUUACACAGGAGGUAUUGAUGGUAUCCCUUCUAAAAACAAGACCAUCACUAACCAAAGAGGAAAAGCAAAAAUAUUCUUUAAUAUAUUCCAAAUUUCAAGGGAAAGACGUCGACUUUUUGAAACCAGGUACUAAAGCAAGUUUAGCCUAGAUUCAUGGUUGAUCAGAGGAAAUAUUGUUGUUGAUUGUUAUAUUUUUACAGAUUUAUUGAUAAUAAAACGGAAAUUGGUUA